AUGGGUGAAUCUCGACUCAUAUUAGAAGAUCAACACUACAAGGAAAUAGCAACGAUAGCUCAAAAGCGUCGAGCUGAUUCUUUACCAAAAGAAUAUCUUCUUCCCGGGGAAGCUCUAAAAACCCUUCCACGAAAUGUUACUAAUAUCCCAAGAUCGUCUGGUCAUUUCACCCAUGAGGAAUUAGAGAUUAUUGAAUCAGAUGCGGAAGCUAUACUUCAAAAGAUUAAAGACAAAAUAUGGACGUCUGUUGAAGUUACCAAGGCAUUUUCUAAGGCUGCUGUUGUUGCCCAUCAAUUGACAAACUGUUUAACAGAAAUUCUCAUUCCGGAAGCUCUUAAACGAGCAGAAUUUCUAGAUGAAUAUCUCUCCAAAACUGGAGAUAUCAUAGGUCCACUCCAUGGUCUUCCAAUCUCCCUAAAAGAUUGCUUCAUAACACCACCUCAUCCAUCUUCUAUUGGUAUGGCAUGCUAUGCCAAUGUUCCCACCAAUGCAAAAGACGAAACGGUUUUAGUUUCUUUGUUAGCGAAGCUUGGUGCUAUUUUCUAUGUAAAGACUGCAGUACCGGUUGCGAUGAUGAUGAUGGAGACAAUCUCAAAUGUAUGGGGCGAAACUAAUGGUGCUUAUCAUAUAGGCACGACUUCAGGAGGAAGUUCUGGUGGUGAAGGUGUGCUUUUGGCUAUGAGGGGUAGUCCUUUGGGUAUUGGCACGGAUAUUGGUGGUAGUAUCAGGAUUCCUAGUGCUUUUAAUGGACUUUUUGGAUUGAAACCUACCGUUCAUCCGCCUAUUGCUCGCGGACUCGCACUUACAAAACGAGCCCUAGAAGCAGCUGGUCACGAGGUCUUCGAGUGGGAACCUACCAAUCAUCCCGAAAUGGCCAAGGAAAUGAAUAAUUCCUUCUACACAUUAGGUGGAGCCGCUAUUCUCGAAUUAACGCGUAAACACGACGAGCCUGUAUUCGAAAGUAUGAAAAAUUACGAAUUCGCCUACGACCAGGGUGAACAUGGGACAUUGGGACCAACGAAGUUAAGAGAGAUGAUUACGAGGAGAAAUGCUUACCAGAAGGAGUAUUUAGAUCGAUGGACAAGUACGGGGAAAGAUGGAAAGGAUGUUAUGGAUGCGAUUAUUAUGCCUGCUAGUCCGUGGACGGCACCAAGAUUGGGUAUCACGCAAACGGAUGCUUUUUGUGUGAAUUUUACGGGUGUCUGGAAUUUGUUGGAUUAUCCGGCUUGUACUUUUCCGGUUAUGUUUGCGGAUGAGAGGGUGGAUAAGAGGAGGGGUGAGGAGUGGAUGCCGUUGUGUGAGAAGGAUGGGUUGUUGCAGGGGGAUUAUGAGGAGCGGUUUUAUCAUGGGACGCCCGUGGCGUUGCAGUGUGUGGGGAGGAGGUUGGAGGAUGAGAAGGUGCUGGAGAUGGUGGGGGUUAUUGGGGAGGUGUUGAGGGGGGUGGGGUGUGGGUAG